AUGGCAAUCCUAUCCGCCCAAAGCAAAAACAUCGGUCUUGAAUCGGUCCACGAAGAAUACACCGCCCGAGGACAACCUGAAAAAGCAGGCGGCGAAAGUCUGUCGAACGAGAUCGACCUGCUCGCCAAUAACCUCGAGUAUGUUGAUGAGGAGCAUCAGCCAAAGUUUCAUCUGCGGACGUACGUUGUUCUGCUGGCCUUGUGUCUGCAGAGCUUUUGCCAGCUUUGGUCACUCUUGGGGCCAACCUCGGCGCUCAGCACCAUCAUUGCGCAGCUCCCUGGUGGUCCUGCGAACCAGGCAUGGGUCGUCACCGCUCUCGUCAUCCCUCAAGGUGUAUUCUGCAAUAUCGCCUCACAGUACUCCGACUUGUUUCAAGCACGCAAGAAUCUAUUGGUGGGGUGCACUACAUUCGCAUUCAUUGGAUCCGCCAUCGCACCUGGCGCUCAAACAGUCGGUCGACUCAUUGCCGCUCAGACAUUGAUCGGAGUGGCCUAUGUGUGUGUUCCCCUGACUUUUGCUGUGCCGAGUGAGAUUUUGCCCAUGAAAUGGCGUCCAAUGGUACAAGCCUUGUUACAAGCUACGGGAGCAUUUGGCAUGAUUGCAGCUCCCCUCUCGAUCGGAGCUUUGACCAAACGCGACCUGAACAACGGUUGGCGAAACUUUUAUUGGAUUUCAACCGGCCUUUGGGGUGCUUCGGCCCUUUCUCUCUUCCUCGGGUAUCGGCCUCCCAAGCGACACACCCGGCUGGAUCAUCUCAGUGCAUGGCACAAGUUCCGACAAAUGGACCUCUUGGGAGCCCUUUUGCUCGGAUCCGGCCUGUGCUUGCUUUUGGCCGGCGUCAACAUGGGUGGCAGUGUCUACCCGUGGACAUCUGCGACGGUUCUGUCGACCAUGCUCAGUGGCAUUGCGUUGCUCAUCCUCUUUGGAGUGUGGGAAUGGAAAGGCACUAAGACGGGCAUCAUGCACCAUGAGCUUUUCACGCACAGCCGAAGUCUGAGCACCUUUUGCAUCUGCGUUGCCCUCGUAUUUUCUGAAGGUGUCUUGGUUUACGCCUUUAUUGUUUUCUACCCGCUCCUAACAAAAGUGGUCUUCGAGGCAGACAUCCUCAAAGCCGCCGCCCGUGUAAUAAUCUACUAUGCUUCUGCUGGUAUUGGCACGAUUAUUUUUGGCAUCAUGUGUGUCAAACUUCGUUCGAUCCGAGAGUCACUGGUCAUAGGAUUCGGAGCGGCCUUGAUCGGCCUGAUCGGCAUGGCGACAGUCCAACCAGGACAAAACGCAAAUCCCAUGGUGUUCGCUGCGUUUGGGGGGCUAGGCACCGCGGCCGUAUUGACGCAAGGCAUUGCGGGCGUUCAGGUGGCCUCGCAACAUUCACAUCUUUCAGCCGCGACCGCCGUGGCGAUUGUCGCGCGAGCCAUCUCGGGAACAGUCUUCACCUCCAUUUACACGUCCGUGGUGACGCAGAAACUGGCCAACUAUCUCCCAACGUACAUAACGAAAGCUGCCAUUGCGGCAGGCCUUCCCGCCGCCUCGAUACCCCUGUUUGUCCGCGCCCUCGCUGCAGACGAGAUCGAGGAUUUGGCUCGCGUCGCUGGAGUGACUCCAUCAAUCAUCGCGGCUGGCAUUACUGCUUUGAAACAAGCAUACGCUGAUGCCAUCAGAUACACGUUCAUUAUCGCAGCACCUUUUGUGCUCGUGUCAAUGAUCGGCUGUUGGUGGCUUGGUGACAUCAAGAAAAUCAUGACUUACCACGUUGAUGCACCAGUUGAGAAACUGCAACCGAAAGAUGGACAUCGGCAAGAUGAAGGGGCUGGAGCGGCUUAA